AUGGGUAUGCCUGAAAGAGACGAGUUCGACCUGCCGUUCAGUCAGUUAAUGGUGGACUACUGGGCAUCCUUUGUGCGAAGUGGAGACCCGAAUCCGGAUCAUGCCUGGCUCGCUGCCAGAGGUUUUGCGUCUACUCUGGCUGAAGUCAAAAGGGUGGGCGUGUGGUCGGAAGUGGACGCGAGCUCCCCGGAGUGGAUGAUUCUCGAAUGGGGGGGACACAUGGCACCCUUCGGCAAAGAAGCAGAGUGCAAGGCGCUGGGCCAGCCUCUUACCUACUGGGAAGACCCUGCGCCUGGACCCAAUCCACCAUCAGAUAUCUGUAGCUUCCUCGGCGGAGAUCAGUAG